AUGAUCCAAUAUCUUCCUAACGAGCUACAUAUACAAAUUUUGAUUUAUGUUGCUAAUGAGACAAACUUUGAAAAAUUUUGCUCUCUACGAACCGUUUGUAAAAAGUGGAACUCAUUCGUUCCAUUAGUAACUCAUGAAAUUGUUAUCUCUAGACUAAAUUCUGGUUUAAAACUUGAGUUAACAGACUGGAACGAGACCAAAUGGUCUAAAAAUUUACCGCCAACAUAUUGUGAUUCUACAAAAACUUUUACCUUUUUAUUCGAUAAUACUGAUGGUACCAUUAACUCUUGUAAUGGUUACAAAAAAUCAGUCAAAAAUAAAAUUAAUUUUAUAGCCUAUGUGGAAAAGAGUGAAGAUAUAUCCAUUCCAAUUAAACUUGGUGCUAAAUUCGGUGAAUUAACUUUUCCUGAUUUUAUAAAUGAUGAUAUAUAUGAAUAUCAAUUCGAUCAUCAAAAUAACGUAUGUUUUAAACGGGAGACUAAUGUUGAUGAGAAGGGUGAGAGCACUAGCAACAUAAGAAUUUAUAGCUUUACUAUUGCGGCUUGGAAACUUUGCUAUAUUCUAGAUUGUCUUAAAUUUGAUCGCAAACUUACAAAUUUGAAAGAAGGAUUUCAAUAUCAUUAUGAGAGAAUUCGAUAUUUUGGGUGCUGUUUAAGGAGUAGGAUUUAUGCUACUUACGAAGAUGAUUCCAGUGAAGAUUAG